AUGGAGACAAAAGCCGGGCCCAUUUUCGAUGAGGCCCAAUAUCGCACCGAUGUCCUCCACCACCCCUCACCGGAAUCUGAAGCAGCGCAGGCGCAACACUUAGCCGAAGAGGCUGAACAGCUGGGUUUGAAAUUGCCAGAGAUUGAAGCAUCCGCGCUGCUAGCUGCCUCGAUCCCCUCGGAAAUGGUCGAUCCCUCCUCGCCAGUCCUGUCGUCUGGGUCGUGGACUGAUCGGAAUUCGGUGUGCGGCUCCGUCACUCCGUCUCACGAGGCACCCUCCCCCGUCCCAUCCGUGCUCGAUCAAAUCGUUUCGUCAUUGUCAGAUGUCACGCUUGCCUCAAACAAUUUAAAGGCUGGCAGUACACGAUCACUGGCCUCACUGUCUACGCGCCCGACCUCAUUUUGCUCCAGUGAGGGGAGGACGGGCCUUCUCGGGCACGGAUACAAUGAUCCAUUUGAGGCCAAUUCGCAUAGGCAUUCAAUUCUCAGCGUCGCAUCUGCCGACAAGAAGGAACGACGACGGAAUAGCUUGAAGUCGGCCAUUGGGAAGAUUCAUUUCCGCAAGAGGCGCACGUCCUCGGCCGUUGUCUUGCCCUCAGAAGGGUGCAUGACUGUCUCCACAAGCGACAAAGUCGUUGAACAUGUUUUCUUCGAACCUAAACCGGAAUCCAAUGAUGCUGCCCAUCAGGGUCCACCCCAUGCGACCAACGAGGCAUCACUUCCAAGGUUGGAAAUUCCUCGGUUCAGCAAAGAGGACUUACAAAGAAGCUUGGAUGAUCCGGAGCUAAGUGAGAUGCACGAGCGGCAUCAGAUGGAAAUGAAACGACAUCUCGAGUUCCAAGACGCCGCUCUAAGUACCCUCCGGCGUCGGCACCAGACUGCUAUCUCGGAGAAGCAGUCUAGCAACCAGCGCCAGGAGGAUGAGAAACGCGAGAAGAACAUUCAAGCUAUAGCCCAAAUUGAAGAGCGACAGCUGGCGGUAGAAAUCGAACAGCAACGUGAAUUCGAUCGUGCCAAAAUGAAUUCGAGUACUCGCAUCAAGCAUAUGGAGGGGUAUCUCCGCAAUGCCAGCCCACCGUCAUCUCCCGCUGGAACACUGAUCAGAGCCGAACGAUCCGAACGCUCCUCGGAAUCAUUCUCGGAAUCCGACUCAAUCCCACCAGCGCGUGUGUUCACUCGUGAACACAUGAAGCAACUAGAACAACAAUACCAUAGCCACAAAAGCAUGGACCAACUUCAUGACGCCCGCAUCAAAGUCCUCCGUGACCGCCAAGAACUUAAAUUGCAGGAAGCUACGGCGCGUAUGGAAAAGGAACUGAAUGAAAUGUGUAACCGACACAGUCAGGAUAUUGCUACCUUGCAAACUGAGCAUGAACGAGAAGAAGCAUCUCUCAUGCAAGCUUUGGAUACGAAAAAGACGACUUUGCGGCACCGCUGGUAUUUGGAAGAGGCUGUUCUACGUCGGCAUCUCGAGGUGCGACAUGGCCAAUCGUAUGGUCCUUUGCCGCUUGUCGCUUUCACUCCCAAUACGCCCAUUGCUGUUGUGGAACAUUCACCACUCCAAACUUCAACCCCAGAUACAAUCCACCCAAGCCAGGAUUAUGUGCCCCUCUAA